AAAGGCCCCGGAGGCAGGAACUUGGGAAGGGAGUCGGGGUUCUCUACCGGGCUGGGAGGGGCUUGUGCCUGAGUCCCGGGGUCCCCAUCCGCUGAGGAGAUGGAUGAGGAUGGGCUUCCUCUCAUGGGGUCGGGCAUAGACCUGACCAAGGUGCCUGCUAUUCAACAGAAAAGAACCGUGGCCUUUCUAAACCAGUUUGUGGUGCACACGGUGCAGUUUCUCAACCGGUUUUCCACUGUUUGUGAGGAGAAACUGGCAGACCUUUCUCUUCGUAUUCAACAAAUUGAAACAACUCUCAAUAUUUUAGAUGCAAAGCUGUCAUCUAUCCCAGGCCUAGAGGAUGUCACAGUUGAAGUGUCUCCUCUAAGUGUCACUGCUGUCCCAAAUGAAUCACAUUCUGAAAGCGCUUCAGAGCAGCCACAGAUUUCCAUAAACUCUCUACAGCAGGACAGUACACAAGAUUCUGGACCACAGGAAAGUGAAGUUUCAUCAGACAAUAUCUUAACUGUAGCCAAGGACCCAAGAUAUGCCAGAUACCUCAAGAUGGUCCAAGUGGGUGUUCCAGUAAUGGCAAUCAGAAACAAAAUGUUAUCAGAAGGGCUGGAUCCAGACCUCCUUGAGAAGCCAGACGCUCCAGUGCCUAAUGGUGCAUGUGACAAGGCCACAGAAGAAAGCUCCGAUAGUGAGUCUUCCUUCAGUGACUGAGUUGGAUUAGGAUGAGCAUUGCAUAGAUGUGUGUAUUUUACAUCCUGUGGGAGCGCGAGACUCUGGCUUUAGGGACGAAAUCAUCAGCUGGCAACCACACACCUGCCCCAGCCUUCCUCUGUCCAAAAAAUGAAAUUAAAUAAACCUUUGUUAACCAAAUAAAAUCCUCUGAGAUUAAAAAUA